AUGCACCUUCAUAUUCCAUCAUUGGAUGUGAAGAUAGGAAUGACUGCUGAGAGGUACGCGAUGAUCAACUCUGAUCAAACACAUGUAGAGUCCACAAGCUCCAAGCAAGAUGAGCAUGAAGAGCUUCCAUACCUUCCUUUUUUCUGCCUGAAUUUGAACUUUGGAAUUCCGAAUUUGAAGUACAGUUCUGUCAAUCAUAUUCAUAACUUGCUGCCGUUGCUGUCAUCAUCAUCCAUUGAAUACGGUCAGUUAAGUCUCAUGCAGGAUACAGCGGAAAUAGAACAACUAAUAUAUUUCCUUAUAAAUGAAGAAGCGUCCCAAGGAGUAAUGCUGAUGGGCCAUAGCAGUGGAUGCCAGAAUAUUGUUCACUAUCUAAGAAGAAGAAGUAGUUGCUCGAAGGGUGUACGAGGAGUUAUAUUACAGGCACCUGUUAGUGACAGAGAAUAUAGAGCUACGAUACCUGAAACACUUGGUCUCUUUGUUUCAUCAUUUGUUUGA